AUGAGUUUUUACCAACCUUCCCUAUCUCUCUACGAUGUUUUGAACGCAUUGUCUAGCCAAACUGACCUGAGGGAGCAGCAAGGAUUACCCCGCCAAUCGCAAAGGCCACAGAGAUAUCAUCCUCAUCAUGGUCAGGUGCAUGCUGGCGGGCAUCAUCCCCGCCACCACCACCCCCUGUAUAACAGAUACAACGGCGCUUCCAAUGCUUACCACUACCGCCCCCCUGGACAGGCCUAUUACUACAGUCCGGAGUACGGCUACGAUGACGAGGAUGGUGAAGUGGAGGAACAAGAUGGGAACAUGGUGGAUAGCAGUAAAAACUAUGGUGCUGAAAGACAGGAAGGUGAGGGGGAGGGCGGCUCUUCCAGACAAUAUCCAUCGUACUAUCAUAGCAGUUCUGCCAGGAACAAUAGAAACGACCAGCAGGUGAACAGUCUAAACGACUUGCUGAGCGCUUUGAUAGGUGUUCCACCUUACGAGGGUACUGAAUCAGAAGUGGAAGCAAAGACUGAAGAAGAGAAGGAAAAAGGAGAGGCAACUGAGGAGUCUGGGAAUUUGGAGGACAGAGCAUCUGGAAAAGAUGAAAAGCAACCUCUGGACCAACCUGAGGCAACGUCGAAACCACCAUUAACGAAGAAAUCUUCAUCAUUCGCUCAUCUACAAGCCCCUUCCCCAGUUCCUGACCCUUUGCAAGUUUCCAAGCCUGAAACGAGAAUGGACCUACCAUUUUCACCAGAGGUAAACAUCUACGACACCGAGGACACUUAUGUGGUUGUUCUUGCGCUGCCAGGUGCCAACUCUAAGGCCUUCCAUAUUGAUUAUCAUCCAUCUUCUCAUGAAAUGCUUAUUAAGGGCAAAAUCGAAGACAGAGUCGGCAUCGAUGAGAAAUUCUUGAAAAUCACGGAACUAAAGUACGGUGCCUUUGAAAGAACCGUCAAAUUUCCUGUAUUGCCACGCAUCAAAGACGAAGAAAUCAAAGCAACCUAUAACAAUGGUCUGCUACAAAUCAAGGUGCCCAAAAUUGUUAAUGACACUGAGAAGCCAAAGCCAAAAAAGAGAAUUGCCAUCGAGGAAAUACCUGACGAAGAAUUGGAGUUCGAAGAAAAUCCUAAUCCUCCCGUAACAGAUUGA